UACAAAGGGAGCCGCUAGUCUUCUGCCCACCCACUGUUUAUAGCUCUCCUCGGUCAGAAUUUCCUUCCUUCCACUCAAAGUAGUCUAUUCAUCCAGAGCACCAGGUCUCACCAUGGCAGCUAAUGAUUACCGAGGCUACCUGAGGAACCACUCCGACACAGAGAGCGCUCAGCCCCGCUACCACCCGUCCCAUGGCUCGGAACCCACCUAUAGACCGCUUAUAUUCGGAACUCUUGCUGUUAUGGGAUUGCUGCAGAUUGCAUCGAGUGUGGCGAUCUUGUUACACUUGACAGGUUAUCUCCAAGAGGUAGACAUCUCCUCUGCCCCACAGCAGCCAAUAGAGGAAGUGCAGACAGAACCGAUCAUUGCUGACGCCCUGAGGGACCCAAGAAAAGGCAGACAACGCUGCAAAAACCAGGGGAGGGAGGGGCUUCCAUCAGCUCAUCUACCAAUCAAAGUGACCAUCGACUACGUGAAGAGUAAGCUCAUAGAAGUAGCCAACAAGGGGGAGCUAAGAGCAGCUAUGAUCCAUUGGGACGAGGCGCAGGGUCACCUGAAGAAGAUGCGUUACCAUGACGGCCGUCUCCUGGUGGAUGAGCCAGGCCUGUACUACGUCUACGCCAAGACCUGUUUCCGCUACUACGACCUGGAACCUGAGACAGAGCCCAGCGACGCCCCUGGACACGCCCUCGCCACACCCCAGACCGUGGACGUAAACAACGCCCAGCUCAUCCAGUACAUCUCCCAGGAGAAACACACGUCCUCGCCCAGCAAGUCUGUGGUGCUGAUGAAAACAGGCAGCACCAUGCGCUGGAAUAACUCUCAGUAUAACAUGUACUGUGCCCAGCAGGGCAGGGGGGUGAUGCUACAGCACGGGGACGGACUGUUUGUUAACGUGUCCAACGCCUGGAUGCUGGACCCUGAACCGGAGGGGACAUACUUUGGGGCGAUCAAGAUGGGGAACUGAACCCACAUACAGAGGAGGAGGAUGUGCUACUGGAUGUUCUGCAGGCGUAACUGCCAAACAACCACAGAGAGACAGAGCACUUACUGCAUGUGAGAUUACUGGAUUUGUGUUUGAUUUGUUUUUGUAUUGAAAAGGUAUGGGCUAUGUUGCUCUUCACCAGAUAGCCUUCUUACCCGAUAGAGAAUGAGGAUAGGCAGUUAUUUAGAUGAGGUGUUAUGGAUACCUCUGGUCACUCACUAGGCCUUCAACAAACCACAUAAUAUGCCGUGCACACAUACUUUAGACAAGACAACCAUUUUCCUUAUGGUCCAAAACUACACUGGAUGCUUUUUAGUAGACUUUUUUAUACAGCUGAUUUUAUACAACAUUUUAUCAACCACUUAAGAUUGUUGAUAUUUGUCAUUCCAGGGAGCGCUUUUGAAAAUGUUUGUACAAUGUUUUUUUCAAGCGUAGUAGUAUGAAUCCUAUUGAGAAUGUUUCUGUUUAUCGGCUAACGACACAGUCAUUCCUCAUCCCUAGCCUGGCCCCUCAUAGUUUACUAAACAUUGUCAUCGUCUUGAACAGAAGCACAGCUGGGGUACUUUGUUUCUAACUGAGUAGAGUUUUCACCAAUCAUGCUCCUCGGUCUCUCUUUGGAAAGGAUGAAGUGGAGGUUAGAGGGUGAAUAGGAUGUUAUUCAGUAGUGAACACAGUACUAUUGUCCGUUCAGGCAACAUUUAACAUGACAUAAUGUGCUGUGUAAGAACAGAUAUAAAACUGUUCAUUUUUGUUUUCCAAGAAAAUACAGAAAAGUGAGUACAGAAGAGGCAGCUAAUGGCUCCAUAACUGCAUUGACUUAGUUUAUCCAGGAGAGACUUGGUGUAAUCCCUCAUCACAGUAACUGCAUUGACUUAGUUUAUCCAGGAGAGACUUGGUGUAAUCCCUCAUCACAGUAACUGCAUUGACUUAGUUUAUCCAGGAGAGACUUGGUGUAAUCCCUCAUCACAGUAACUGAGGGGAACAUGGUUGUGGUUUGGAUCAAACGUUUGUUUUCUUAUUUUGAUUUGUUUUUCCCCAAACUACAUAGUAUUGAACUCUCCUUGCCCUGUCUUUGGUGGUUUAUACGAGUAAUGAUAAUCAAAAACAACUGAUGUAGCGACGCAAACUGAAGAUAGCUGGCCUGUCUUACCGUAGGGGACAAGAGCAAAUAUUCUUGUCUUUAUGAAACUAGCGGAUCCAGAUUGACUUUGGUCCACCUUUAAUUUAUAGUUUCUUUUUUUCAAUUUACUCUUCGAGAAGGUAAAUGGGAAUAUGCACUAAAUGUAUUUAUUUAUUAGACAUAAAAAUGCAGAUAUGUACCAUUGGUUAAAUGAUCUGUCUGCUUUAAAAUCAUGUAUAUUUUAUGUCUGUAUUACAGUAGGCAGUACUUAGUUUAUCAGUAGAUGCGCUUUUUUUGUUCAAACACAGGGGCUUAAUGUUGAAAUCUGUAUUUAUGUAUUUUUUAUUUUGACAAUUCUGUGUGCACUUGCCUAGCCGAAGCAGAAUAUACUGUCCAUCAUAAGAUUGUAGCAAACUUUAAAAAAAAUCUUCAUCUUGUAAUUUUUUUCAAAAAUUUGAUGUUUAUUUAUGUCAGUUUAACUAAUAAAAUCAUUACUUUUCUAUA